AUGUUGGGCAGAAUAGCUAAACGGUCGAUCUCCAUUACUACCAACACACCACUCAAACUCCCCUUCAUCCCAUUAGUCAGUGAAACAGGGUUUCCUGGGGCAAUUGGAAACACACCAUUAUUGAAGUUACCAAGGAUUUCCGAAUCAAUAAAUCGUAACAUCUAUGCCAAAGCAGAAUUUAUGAAUCCUGGUGGAUCAAUUAAAGACCGUGCUGCUUUGUACAUUAUCAAAGAUGCUGAGGAAAAAGGGUUGAUCAAACCAGGGGGUACAAUUGUUGAAGGAACUGCUGGGAAUACGGGUAUUGGAUUAGCUCACGUCUGUCGAGCUCGUGGAUACAAAUGCAUCAUUUACAUGCCAAACACUCAAUCGCAAAACAAAAUUGAAACAUUGAGAUUGUUGGGUGCAGAAGUCCACCCGGUGCCAGCUGUUGCAUUUACCGAUCCAGAAAACUAUAACCACCAGGCUAAAAGACACGCAGAAAGAUUAGACAAUGCCGUAUGGACUAAUCAGUUUGACAACGUGGCCAAUAGACAAGCCCAUAUAGAAACUACAGGACCAGAAAUCUGGGCACAGUUAGACGGUAAGGUUGAUGCAUUCACCUGCUCAACCGGAACUGGUGGAACAUUUGCUGGUACAACGAGAUACUUGAAGGACAUUUCCAAUGGCAAAGUAAAAGCAGUGUUGGCUGAUCCUCCAGGUUCAGUAUUAUACUCGUAUAUCAAGUCUGGCGGUAAAGAAAUGAUUAGAGGCGGAUCAUCAUUCACAGAAGGGAUUGGUCAAGGUAGAGUUACCGAUAACUUGCAACCAGACUUGGAGUUGGUUGACGAUGCAGUCAAGAUCCCCGACGAAGAUUCAAUCGCCAUGGUCUACCGUUUGUUAGACGAAGAAGGAUUGUAUCUCGGUGGUACUGGAGCAUUAAAUGUAGCUGCUGCAGUAGAAGUGGCUAAACUGUUGCCUGAAGGCAGUAAUGUCGUUACUGUAUUAGCUGACCUGGCCCAUAAAUACGCCGAUAGGAUCUUCUCCAAAAAAUGGUUAGCAGAAAAAGGAUUAUACGAUGCUAUUCCACCACACUUGCAAAAGUACGCUGUAUUAGAUUAG